CCCCCAUGAGUAUGGUCAAGUUGGCUCGCCCUGCAACAUGGUCCGAAGCGUGCUUUCAGUGGAGAAUAGUAAACAAUCUACAAUGGCAUGCAUCAAUCCAUGGGACAGUUUCUGUCUUCAGGAAUAACCAGUUGUUUUAAGCUUCGGUGGGAGGUUUUUUUAUUUUUAUUUUCUAAAGGCUCUGCUGUUGCUUCAUGCAUUGCAACACAUAUGUAUGGAUGGCUGCUGGCACUUGAUGGAACACAGAAGUCACAAGUUAUUGCGAAUCGUUUUGAGCUACCAGCACUUGAAUAAUUAUGUGGCAUCACUGCCAUCUCUUUAAAACAUUAUUUCGGAUUAAUUUGAAGAACCUUCAUUGGUCCAAUUAAGCGGCUGUUAGACAUGGACGGCAUCGGGUACACCUUGCAGAAGACUGCUGAGCUGGAGCGCAUGGCCGAAGUCCUCGUUACCGGAGAACAGUUACGCCUGCGGCUCCAUGAAAGUAAGGUGAUUAAAGACAGGAGGCAUCAUCUCCGCACCUACCCAAAUUGCUUUGUAGCAAAGGAGAUUAUUGAUUGGCUUAUUGAGCACAAAGAAACAUCUGACAGGGACACUGCCAUCAAGAUCAUGCAGAAACUCCUUGACCAGAGCAUCAUUCACCAUGUUUGUGAUGAGCACAAGGAGUUCAAAGAUAUGAAGCUGUUCUAUCGUUUUAGGAAGGAUGAUGGAACAUUUCCUCUGGACAGUGAAGCCAAAGUUUUUAUGAGAGGUCAACGAAUAUAUGAGAAGUUGAUGAACACUGAAAAUACCCUGCUGCAAAGCCGUGAAGAGGAGGGAGUGACCUAUGAGCGGACACUGGUGGCCUCAGAGUUUAUAGACUGGCUGUUGCUGGAGGGUGAAAUGGCCAUCAGGGAGGAGGCUGAGCAGUUGGGACGCAGACUGCUGGAGCAUUGCAUUAUACAGCAUGUUUCUAACAAGCACCACUUUGUAGAUGGUGGACUGCUCUACCAGUUCAGGAUGAAUUUCAGGCGGCGACGACGAUUAAUGGAACUUUUGAACGAGCACUGUCAUGGCAUACCGGAGAACCAUGACAGCCCGUUCUGUCUGCGCAAACAGGGCUCUGAGGGGGGAAACACCAGCUUCCUCUCAGUAAGCCCCUCUAAAGAGAUAAAGGUGGUGUCAGCAGUAAGGCGGAGCAGUAUGAGCAGUAGUUGUGGCAGCAAUGGUUACUAUAGCAGCAGUCCCACACUUAUAUGCAGCCCCCCUGUGAUCUGCAACCCCAAGUCUGUCCUGAAGAGACAAGUGAGCCCAGAGGAACUUCAGACCUCUGGUGGACCUUACAUAAAGAAGACAUUCACAAUUGUUGGAGAUGCAGUUGGCUGGGGCUUUGUGGUGAGAGGAAGUAAACCCUGCCACAUCCAGGCAGUGGACCCUGGCGGCCCCGCUGUAGCAGCUGGAAUGAAGGUGUGUCAGUUUGUUGUGGCAGUUAAUGGACUGAAUGUGCUCACUUUGGACUACAGAACUGUCAGCAAACUCAUCCUCACUGGACCCAGAACAGUGCUUAUGGAGGUUAUGGAAGAAAUGGAAUACUGAUGACACAAUCCUUCUAUUGUCUUUCUUUCUUUGUCUCUGUUUCCUCUCAGUUUGUAUUGGCUGUGCAUGAGUGUGCGUGCGUGCGUGCAUGCGUGUGUGUGUGUGUGUGUGUGUGUGUGUGUGUGUGUGUGUGUGUGUGUGUGAGAGAGAUACAGGCAAGGCUCUUAGUUGGACUCAAAGCUCUGAGUGGAACGUUCUUUUCAAGUGGAAUGGCAUCAUUUUAAUUCAAACCAUUAACUUAGAGAGCAUGACACUAAUCCACACUUUAAGAUGUGUUCUUUCCAUUGGCUCCUCGUUGACUUUUACUCAUCCAUGUCAUCCAGAGACUGUCUGCUGAGAUCAUGUGGAAAAGCACUGCCAAAUAUUGUUUUGUAGCAGAUUUUAUUUAGAACCGUUCCAUUUAAAACACCAUUUUUGCUGAGAAAUCUAAAUAAAUUAGCAGAUCAGAUGCAAAACGAAUUUGUGCCAUUCAUGUGAGAGCAAAGUUCAGUGCUCUUUUGUUUUUUCUUUGACUGUUUCUUCAUUCAAGUUAAAGAAUGAAUGUUAUCUGUGUAUAAAAAUAAUGCUGUCUUGGAUUAGCAUAGUUGAAAUUGAUCACAUUACCUUAGUGUGAUUAGCUUUAAAUACUUGUCGUGUUUUCCGGCACUUCUAAAUAAUAAAGAGAAUUUAUGCCUCCAUAUUAAUGCAGGGGAAAACCAACAACAGCACUUACAGAGUGUGUUCUUUAGGUGAAACACAGCUAACGCACAUCUAAUAUAUGUUGUACUGUGCCUCAUAUCAGUUGUACAAGUUGAAGUAUCUUGUUAAGAUAGUUUUUAUUUAUUUUGUCUAAAUGCCCAUUAGGCAAUCAUGUAGUUAACAGUAUAAUGUUUAUAUUAUACAACAGCAUCAAAAAAUAAAUCUAUGUGAAAGUGUUACUGUCCUAACUGCAAAAUAUUUUGCCAUGAAUAGUUUAAUGUAGAAUAGUCAUGUAAUGUUUAUAUGACAAAAAGCAAUCAACAAGAAAAUACAGUCUUCUAAUUCAGUCACCAAAAUAUGAAACUAGAUUAAGAAAACAUAUGUAACACUAUUGAAGAAAUGAUCAGACUAACUGAAAAACUACAGUAGUGCCAUAUGUGUAAAGAACUCCUAUGCAUGUGUAUUGUGUACAAGUCAUCUGUGCAGGAAAAAAUACAGUGUUUAACCUCAGUAGUGCUUAUUAUUUAUCACGACACAGCUGAAAGUGUUAUAUGAACUGGACAAUAAAUAAGCUCUGUUGCCAAACUACAUCUAUCAUGUGCAGACAUGUACUGAAUUAGAGGAACAGUGGUUUUGCAGGAUGCUUCUUGUUCAUUUGGCAUUGUUUGCACUCAUUUAAAUUGAUGAGGAUGGCAAAUCAACAGGAAAACAAUGAUCUUUUGGUUUUAUAGAACUUUUUGUGCAUAUUAAGUCCCCAACCUUUAGUAUGAAUCUUAUGCCUUAAAGACCUGUAUUGUGCUGCUAAUUCUCAUGGCAGGUCAUGUAAUAUCUUUAGUUAUUUUAAAGAAUAUACCAUGUCCUUUUCUUAUGGCUGUGGUAUAGGUGAAUAUUUUAGGGUGAUCUUGACAAUCUGCAUGUUUUGUCUGGGUAUUCUUUUAAAUACCGGUCCAGAAAUGUGCCACAUUUUCUCCAGCAAUGGGAAGUGUACACAAAGCAUAAGCUAAUCUUAUAAUGAUAGUUCUUUUAUGUUUAAUUACUCUUGUUUUGAAAUUAAAAGGGAAAAGUUCAUCCAAAUCUCUGAUUUCAAUGCAAAUGAGGUCAAUGCAUGUGUGUAUGUCUGAAUCUGUAAGGAGUAAGCUCGUGGUACCAUGUCUGUAUUUCUCUGUGCAGCUCUAAAUCAUUAUAAAUGUCUGUUUAAUGUUUUAUUAAACAUCUUGAUUUCAGUUAAAUACUGUAUUCUUUCUAUAUAUGC